GAGGCAACAGACAAAUCAGCGUCUUUUUGUCGGGGGAUCGGCUAUUCCAUCCAUCCGUAUCAGGAGCUUAAACCUCUCGGUAUACUUUCCUCAUUGGUUUCGCCGCCUAGCUUUGCUGAAUUGCGCGCGAAGUUCAGCGAAUAUGGAGUCCAGUUUUCUUCUGGACACACUCCCCUUCAUUGCAUCUACUUCCACCCCGCGACAAUCCCUCUUCCUUCGAUCUUCUUUACCCUCUUUGAACACUCAUGCCUCCUCCUCCUCCCAUUUUCGAAGUUUUGGCCGCUCCGCUCCACUUCCCGGGCUUCGUCGAAUGCCGGUGGCCGCCGGUCACUCCAUCGUGGUUAAUUCCGUGCCCCAGCCAAGAAGUGAAGUUUACACUGUAGGUGAAUUUAUGACAAGGAAAGAGGAUUUGCACGUGGUAAAUCCUACAACAUCUGUGGAUGAAGCUCUUGAAGCUCUUGUAGAACACAGAAUAACUGGUUUUCCUGUGAUUGAUGAUGACUGGAAAUUAGUUGGUGUUGUUUCGGAUUAUGACUUGUUAGCAUUAGACUCAAUAUCAGGUCACCCAAAGACUGAUAAUAACGAUAUGUUUCCGGAAGUUGACAGCACUUGGAAAACUUUCAACGAAGUUCAGAAAUUGCUGAGUAAAACCAGGGGGAAAUUGGUCGGUGAAUUAAUGACCCCUGCCCCUAUGGUGGUGCGGGAAACCACUAAUCUUGAGGAUGCUGCUAGGUUAUUGCUGGAGACAAAAUUUCGACGUCUCCCUGUUGUAGACGCUGAUGGGAAGCUGGUCGGGCUGAUCACCAGAGGAAAUGUUGUCAGAGCUGCGCUUCAAAUGAAACGAGACAACGAAAAGAAAGCAUAAUAGAAUUUGGAAUCUACUUUAGGGGGAGCAUAUUAUUCCCUUUGAGGCCACAGGAGAUAGCUAUGAUUAGAAUCGAAAUUUUGGUUUAUGCAUGUAUGUUUUAUAUCAUAGAAUCAUUGUUUUGCUGUAACACGUCUGAAAUGGCUCAUUAUCAAAACGUUGGCUGCUUGGAGUGAAAAAUAUCUGUUACCCUUCCUGGCA